AUUGAUCAUUUGACAAUUGACAAGUAAAAGUGUCAAUACAAAUAAUUUUAUUGUUUGGUUAGGCUUUAUAAGUCAUUUGGAAUGCUAAUAAAAAAAGGAUUCUUAAUCUCUGCAAUAUAUUUAGGAUUUAUUCGAAGAUUUUCCGUAUUAGCUACGAAAGAAAUGUCUGGAGAAUUAUCUUCUUCCAACAAAACAUUUUCGUAUACAAGCGGUGAACAUUCCGUUGCUUACGUUACUGCUCCAAACGAGGAAGUAGCCAAAAAAUUAGCUAACGGCAUAGUCAAAAAUAAAUUAGCCGCUUGCGUUAAUAUUAUACCGAAAAUAAUUUCCAUAUACGAAUGGGAAGACAAGAUCAACGAAGAACCUGAAGUUUUGAUGAUGAUUAAAACUAGAACUUCGAAAAUCGGGAAUUUAACUGAAUAUGUUAAAACCAAUCAUCCUUAUACAGUUUGUGAGGUUAUUUCUUUACCUAUCCAAAACGGAAACCAGGAUUACUUGAAAUGGAUAAAUGAUGUCGUUCCUAGUGUUUAAAAUGUUAUUAAUUAUUUUGUGAUCUGAAUUUAUCAAUAAAAUGAAUUUCGUUUAUUGUUUCAUAUUUUAA